UUGUCUAUUCUUUUUUUCUGAAUUUAUUAUAUUCUUGAAUAGUAGUACGUUAAUUAAAAUGUCACUGCCUGGAGCUAUCGUCUAGUCGGAAUAUACAUUUUACAGUAGUAUUAUAUUGUAAGUAGAAAGAGAGCAACAGAGAGAAUAGAGGCGCAAGAAUAGAACUGGGUUUGGCAAGCGUGGUGAUUUUACACCUACCUUCUAACCGGACCGUGGCCGAUUGUAUUGUAUUCGUUUCACGAUACGUAUCAUGCUUGGCCCAGGUGGUUUCCCUAAAAAAAGUGUAUUUCUAUUUUACAUACUGUUACAACAUUUCAACGUUGCUGUGACAUACUCAUUUAACAGCAUUUUUUACAAUCGAAGCUAGUUUCCAAUAUAUUGUAGAUAUCAGAAACAUGAGAUUACGAAAAACGGUGAUUCGUGUGUCGUAAAAUUAGAACCUUGUUACGAUUUGAAAGAUCCUCUGUUUUUAUCAAUCAUGCAACGCUUCGAGGUGUCAUAAAUUUUAUAAGAAUGACUUAAAUAGAUCACGAUCAUCAUUGAAAGGUUUCAAUGCGCAAUGCUGAAUAUUAUAUUAUGCUGGAUAUGUUGGCUGUUUUGGGCGGGUCUACCAACUCUAACAGCUUAUCCUGUAUCGUCUUCGAUAAAAACAGAUUUGUCAACAAUCUAUGCUUCAUCAAAAUGGGAACGAUACUGGAUACAAUACACACUUGGUAUAUUGAGCGUAACUGCAACAGCGUUUACUUUAGUUGGAUGUUUGUGUUGUCGAAGACCUAGACGACCUAAAGGCUUUCAGGACAAAGCAGAAAAAUGCAACCAGGAAUUCAAAGAUGGAAACAAUAUUGGACAGGAGUCAGUAUUCGAGAGCUCUGUUGAUGGUUUAGAGUUAGAUGUUCCAAGAAUGUUGGCUGUUGCGGAUAGAGUGCAGUUUGAACCGUUACCCGUAGAGCAUAUUAUGUCUGGCACUAAAAAUUCUUCAAAACCUAAACCAUUGCCGUUAUCGACGUCUUUUUUUGAAAAACACGAUUCUCAUUCUAACGCUCUCCCGGAACAUUGUCACGAAUGGUUUAACACGGAAGAGUUAUGCGUACCUAGAGAAAAAUUAAAGUAUUUAAGAGAAAUUGGUCAUGGUUGGUUUGGAAAAGUUGUAGAAGGUCGUGCAGAUUUGGAAGGGCAUAGAAGGACUUCGAAAAAUGGUGGUGUUGUUGUCAGAAUUCUUACAGAAGAAGCUACUACGAAAGAGAAAGCUUGGUUUCUUGGUGAAGCUACACCGUAUUUAAAAUUACAUCAUCAAAAUAUCUUGACUCUGCUAGGUUUCUGCCUGGAAACAGAUCCGUAUCUACUACUAUUUGAAUCGUGCCCGGCAGGCGAUCUGAAAGGUUUCCUAUUAUCGAACCGUGAUAAAAAGUCUCAAGAAGCACUUGUUAAAGAAAAUAUUCCAAUUCGAUUGGCGAUGGACAUUCUUACUGGUUUAAAACAUAUGCACAGUCACGGAUUUGUACAUACAGAUCUAUCUGCCAGAAAUUGUUUAGUAGCAUCGGAUUUAUCUGCGAAAUUGGGGGAUUACGGUACUGGCGUGGAGAAAUAUCCAGAAGAUUAUUAUGUGGUUGGAGAUCGUGCGUUACCUAUCAGAUGGUCAGCACCAGAAAGCGUUGAAUGUACCGAUACCACUAUCGAAACAAGAGAGAUUACGUUUCAAGCAAACAUGUGGAGUUACGCUAUUUUUCUCUGGGAAAUCGUUACAUGGGGAAACAGGCCGUAUCACAAUAAGAGCGACGAACAAGUUAUUCAGAUGCUGUUAUCUCUAAGAACUGAUCUUUUAUCAAACGGUAUACAAGUGUUGCAAACCUACCUAGAAAACUGUCCGUCAAACAUAUAUCAAACGAUUCAUUUAUGUUUGAAUUUAAAUCCACAGAAAAGACCGAAUUUGGAUGAGGUGAAGCGAUUCCUCUUGAAUGAACAUACAGAAUAUCUGGACUUUGAACAAAGAUGGGAGAGUUUGCGAAUAAAUACGACUAAACAUGUACGAAGUGCAAGCUUACAAGAUCUUCGAGGUAGUAUCGAUUCAGAUUACUGGACUACCAUCGUUGACGACACACCACGGCAAUCGUCGUUCCGUCUUGGACCAGGUGAAUUAGUGAAAAACGUACCAAAUGUUAAAAAUAUCGUUCAGCACGAGUCCGGUUCGGAAACCGAAGAGGAAAGUUGGAAAGGUAGAAUUGAACAAGGAGUUUAUACAGAGAAAGUGAAACAGAAAUCUAAAUCUGUCACCGAUUUAAUGGUACUUGUACAUAUCGAUUUCGAUUCUGAUGCCGAAAUAUCAAUGGGAACUCAAGUAUCAGAAAAACAUGGAAAGAAAAGGUUACCAGCUACUGGUAGCGAUAGCGAUCUUAGACAUAGCGCACGUACGGAUGAAUUUGAUGAAGCGUUGAGAAAAUUACGGGAUCCAUUUCCAAAUAAUGCUAAUAAAAUCAAAACACUGGAUAAUUCAGAAAGGCCAAAAUUAUUAACGUUAACUAUGGAUCAUGGUCAAACGCCAAUUUUAAGAUUAUCGUUAGAUGAUAAAGAAUCUACCACGAGCAUCGAUGCACCAUCUGUCGCAAGUGUAAAUACAGAAACACGUAAUGACAAACACGUAUUAAGACUUUUAUCAAAAGGGGAACCUAAUCUUCCUCUUCUUCGUUAUGUACCUGAUGAUAGAUCCUUUGAAGAGUUGAAACAGAAUAACGAGUCCGAAUGUAACAAUGUACCUAAACAUGAAAAUAACAACAAUACGUGUUUUUCUGAUAAUUUUUCGGUUAAUUUUGAAAGCAACGAAAGUAAUUUAGUCGAUGUAGUACUCUGGAAUCAUGCGUUGGAUUCUGCUUUAGAAAAGAAAGUACCUGGUUUCUUGAACGAAGGUGAAUUUAACGAAUGCCCAGAGUCAUCGUCUAAAAAGCAAAAUAACGGUACGCCAGAAUUGAUGGUAACCAGUGUAUCUACGCCAGAUACAUCAGAGUUUACAAAAUGUACUUCGUAUAAUGUAAAUGAUGUGGAUGUCGAACGAAAAUGUUUGCCAAAUGAUGCUGAAGAAGAAAGGAAGCAGUUGUCUACACCCGACGACGAGCAAAGCUCUGAUUCUGGAUUCAGAGAUAAAGAAUCCUGUGAAGAAGAAGAGAACGUUUGUCCUUCGGUCCCAUCAACUUCUGCCGAUUCUGUUGUAAAUGUACCUACGUGUACGGAAGAAGAACAGCUACAGAUUUUAUUUGAACUUGAUACUAUUCUUGAUGCUGAGUAUUAUUCAACAUUACAAGGAUCUGAAAGAACCAUAGAAGAAAGCUUAUCUUCGAUUAAUCACGUAGAAGAUAGUAAAAUAAUUCGUACGAACGAAGAGAAAUCUGAAACAGAAAAUAAUGAAUGUUCUAGUUUUAAUGUCGAUUUAGAAGGAAUCAAUGAAUCGGUGGAAGAAGAUAAUUCUAAGUCUGUUGUUCAACAAAUGCAGAGUAAUUCAUCGUUGAAGACAAACUAUUUCAAUCAAGAAUUAGAACAUGAAGAUGAAAAUGAUAAUGAAUGUGAAAAUAGAAAUGAGAGUGAAUGUGAAAAUGAAAAUGAGAGUGAAUAUGAGAAUGAAAAUGAAAGUAAAAGCGAGAGGAUACAUGAAAAGGAAAGCAUACACGAGGAUGACGAAGAUAGUUCUACGAUGAGUUUAAGGAGCGAUAAUUCUUAUGUAUCGUUUGAAAUAGAAGAAGAAUUUGUGACGGCUAUUCGAAAUGAACUUAGAGAGAAAUUACCAUGUGCUCAAAUGUCUGUUGUGGAACCUUUAGAAACGCACGAUGAUGAUCAUCCUAUGUCUAACGACAUAGAGAAUAAAUGGGAUGACGAUGAUGAUAAUGAGGAUUCUUCUAAUCAAGGCAGUGGAGGAGUGGGUAUUUCAAUAAGGUAUAACGUGUAUGGUACUCCACUCAGUCCAAUCCAAGAGGAACGAGAAAGUACUCUUACUUCAGAAUCAUUAAUAUCGAAUUCAAGAGACGUGUCAAUCGCGUCGAAAGAAUCCGUUGGAUCAGACGAUAUAUUAUUAAUCGAUACCCGAACAAAUAAAAUGAUUUUAUUUGACGGUUCAGACGAGAAAUUGCAGGAUGAUGACAGAGACACAACCAACGAGGAUCUUUCCGACGACGAGAAUUUGGAUUAUAAUUGUUCCAUAGUUCGUUCUAGGGAUGAUAAAUCGCAUAUCAUGAUUCCAAGCGGAGGAGCACCUUUACCAAGUCCUGAAGAAGAAUCUAAAUGGCAACAGUCCUUUCCAUUGCCACUGCCUUUGCCGUUAGAGGAUAAUCUAAUGUCUACGAGUUUUGGAACUGAGCAUGAGUGGGGUAGUCAGGAUGAUGAUGAGGAGGAGGAGGAAGAGGGGGAAGAUAAUAGUUCUAGUUCUGGAGAAUUUAUUUGGAAGCGAUAUAGUGAACCACACAUUGAACAAGUUCGAAAGAGUUUAAGUGAUAACGAAGAAGCAGUGGUGAAUGAUAUUGAAGAGGAGAUGGAUGAAGAAGUAGAAAAAGAAGGGAAAAAAAGAGAAGCAGAUGCGGAAGAGGAAGAGGAAGAGGAAGAAGAAGAGUUUACACCAUCUGCUUGGAAUGCAACGUUAGCUCCUCAUCGUUCGGCAUUAAGAUCCCCUGAUAAAACGUUAAAAACUAAUGAUCAAAAGAAAAGUGUAUGGUUUAAGAAACAACGCUAUCACUGUGUAUAUGAAUAUCCAAAGGAGACAUUGAGUGCAGAAAAUCAAGGAGAGACAACUACUACAUGGGAGCCAACUUCAUAUAGUGAUUGGGAAGAAAUGAUAGAUGAACCAAGAUUAGAUCUAUACCCCUUAGAUUAUGAUGAUGUUAAUCAGACUGGAAACGAAGAAUUUUUUGUAAGCAGUUCAAAUCGUCCAUUUCAAUUUCAAGCUAGCGACAGUAAAUAUGUUAGUCAAUUCUUUCCUGGUGCUUCUACAUCGAUGAGCGAAGAACAAGAUGAAGUAGACGGUAAUCGACUAGAAGUACAAGAAAAUAAAUUAGAAUUACUAAACGAUUGUAAUUAUGGCCAACAACAUCAAUUAGGAGAAUUAAGACAUACUAGAAAUCGUUUAAAAUUAAAUUUAUCUACAAAUGGCGCACCAUUUGUUACCAUAAAACAAUUGAAAGAAGGGGAUACGGAACAGUUGGGCGACAAAGGAAUGGAAUUAGACUCGACGUCGCAAACUAUUAAUUUUACACACGACCAACACAUUUUGUCGAACUCCUUAAAUCAUAAUACUUUACCAAUGGUGCCUCCCGACGAUCUUCAACAAGAAAAAAGUUUCGAUCCGAUUACCGGAAAAAGUGCCGAGUGUGAUAGUCAAGAAAAAAUCGAGCCUACAAGUACAGUGUUUUGACUCAUGACUAACACGUUUUAAAAUCGAUAGUAAAAUUUUAAGAGAUAAUUUAGCUGAAAUCCGUCCGAAAUAAUUUCGUUGCAAAGGUAUAGUAAUUACUCUAUUCAGUGAGAUCAUUAUUAAAUGAAUCUCAAAUUAUUGUAAAUAAGAUGUAGCAAAUUUUUAUUGUGGCUGAGAUUCGAUCGAUUGUCUAUAGCAUUAAACUGUAUAAUUUUUAUUUGUCACAUAGAAAUGCAUUCGUAUAUAUAGAGCUAAUAAUGACAUAAUUUUUUAUACAAAUAGCUUCGUAACGAUAUAAAAAAUAUCAUAUAAAUAUUAAUCGUUAAUAGCAGACAAUCGAUUUGCAAAAGCUACAUUAAAAUUAACGAGUAAUUUCAUUUCACGUGUAAAUAUUUAUCAAACAUCGUUCAAUUACGGUCAAAGAAGUAUCGUUCGCAUAAGUUAAUGUAAUUAUUAUUUGAUCAAUAAUGUAUGGUAACUAAUUCAUAUUGUUUCUCGUUUAUCGUUACCUUUAAAUAUGAUAUUUUCUCGAUAUUAUACUAAAAUUGUAUUAGUAGAAACCCAGCUCUCUACUCUAAAAGUAUUAUAGUAUCAAGAGACAGUACUAGAAUCAGGUCUCAAGGUUUAGUUUAAAAGAAGUGUAUAAUAAUUGAUGCACAGAUGAUUUUAUAAAUGUAUUAUUUGUUAUUUUUACUAGAACUGUGAUUGGCACAAUUUGUGCACUUUUAUUUCUGUCGAUUGGUAAAUCAAGAAUAGUAAAUUUUCAAAUAAAAGUAGCAUCAAAAAUGCUACUGUACUUCACCGCAUAUUAUUUUUAAAUAUUUUAUAAGCAGAUUACAUAGUUUUUCAAUAAUUUUUAAUGUUCAAUUUUUAUGGGAGAACAAAAUUUAGUAAAUUUUAGGAAGAGAUACAAGUGCAGAUAAAAAGAAAUGUUGUUUAUUAUAAACAUGGUAUUAAAUAUUGAAUUCACAAUAUGUAAGUAUUUAUUUGAUUAUUAGAACAACAAAUACCAAUGAUAAGUUAAUUAUUAUGAUUAAUGGUAUGCAACUUUCACAACAAAAAAAUCUUUCAAUGUUUUCAAUAUUGCUACAAUAAAACUAACUCAUAGCAUAACAACGGAAUAGAUUAGACUAAUAAAAGACAAAAAAUAAAUAAUAACAUAUUUAACACUUGUACUGAUACAUAAUUUCAUUAUAUGUUCAAAAUUAAAAACAUGUAUCCUAUGAAUAUUAUUAAUAGCAUUGCAGUUAUUAUACGAUUUUACUACCAUUGCGAUUAUUAUUAUUACUGUUAUCAUCAUGAUUACUAUUAUUAAUAAUGCUAACUUUAUGCUCAUUAUAACACAUAGGAUAUUAAUAGAGAACAAUUAAUAUAUUGUUAUAUAAAACAGAUGCCGAUUUGUGCAAAACAUGUUCCAUUAUUAUUAUUUCCUAUACCAUUACUACUUGUUCAUUGUAAACAUCACAUGUUUAUAUAAAACCAUUUUUUUUAAAUAA